AUGGCAUUUUCCGGAGCUGUAAUUUUAAAAGAUCUAAACGAUUUUAUUGCACCUUCCCAAGCUUGCAUAAAACCCGUAGAGAUUAACAAAACCUCUGAAUCAAAUUCAAACGUUAUAAAAAUUGAUGGUUCAGGCGAGUAUUAUGAAGUUUCGCAGGAAGGACUUGAAACUAAACUUAAAACAGCAAGCAUAACAUUAGACGAUUGUUUAGCUUGCAGUGGAUGCAUUACUUCGGCUGAAAGUAUCCUUAUAACAAUGCAAUCUCAAGAAGAAUUAUAUAAUGUAUUUAAAGCAAAUAAACAAGCUAUGGAUGAAAAUAAAUUAGAAAAUUAUAAGACUAUAGUGGUUUCUAUUGCACCACAAUCAAGAGCUUCUAUAGCAGCAAAAUAUGGUCUAACACCAUUACAGGUGGCUAAACGUUUAACGCACUUUUUCAAGUCACUUGGAGUUCAUUAUGUAUUCGAUGUUUCGUUCUCACGAGAUUUUUCUUUGUUGGAAAGUGCACGUGAAUUUGUUCAAAGAUUUCGUGACUCUCAACAAGAAAAUCAAUCAUAUGAUAAUAACAACAAAGAAGGAUCGGCUGGGACAAGAUAUGGAAAUCAUAAUAAUAAUAACCAUUCGCAGCAACAAAAAUACAUGCCUAUGUUGGCUUCAGCAUGUCCAGGUUGGAUUUGUUAUGCUGAAAAAACUCAUGGGUUUGUUUUACCAUAUGUUAGUCAAACUAAAUCACCACAACAAAUAAUGGGUGUCUUGGUUAAAGAUUACCUGGCAAAUAAGCUUGGAAUCAGACCAAAUAAUAUUUAUCAUGUUGAUGUAAUGAUGUGUUACGAUAAAAAACUUGAGGCAUCAAGACCAGAUUUUUUUGAUGAAAAUUAUCAAACCAGAGAUGUUGAUUGUGUAAUCACAACAGGAGAAGUCGUCAAAAUGUUUGAAGAACAAAAUUUCAAUAUUUCGGAAAGUCCUGAGGCAUCAUUAGAUUCUUUUAGUAAAUUAUCAGAAGACAAUGAACAACUUUUAAGUUCUGGUGGGUCAUCAUCAGGCGGAUAUUUAGAAUUUAUUAUGAAAUAUGCGGCCAGAGAAUUAUUUGAUAUAACAGGCAUAGAUCCAGACAAAGAACAAGGUGUUGUGGUUAAAUAUGGCAGAAAUAAAGAUUUCAAAGAAGUGACACUCGAGGUUGAAGGAAAGCCAUUACUUAAAUUUGCAUCAGCAUAUGGAUUUCGUAAUAUACAAAAUCUUGUUCGUAAGGUUAAAACUGGUAAUUCACCAUAUCACUAUAUAGAAGUUAUGGCUUGUCCAUCUGGAUGUAUAAAUGGUGGUGGACAACUGAAACCGGGUGAAACAAUUCCAAUAAAAGAUUGGAUUAACAGUGUCAAUAAUAUUUAUCAUGCAAUAGCAUCAAAAUCACCAGAAGAAAAUGAUAAAAUAUUAGAAUUAUACAGUGAAUGGUUGGAAGGAUUCGACAGUUUGAAAAGUAGAAAAAUGCUUCGUACACAAUAUCAUGCAGUAGAAAAUACGUUAUUAAAUCCCUUGACUGUCAAAUGGUAA